CUCGAACACUGGACCUUAGCCGGACGAUCAUUUAAUAUCCUGCGAGCUCCCCUCGAGAUUCAGAUUUUCUCUUCAGAGAUCACACCACAAUCAAUUAUUGGUGCCUUUCGACCUUCGAGCUUGCCUCUUAUAUAUUGACAGCUCCACAUCUUUGUUUCGACUCAAAAUCCGGGGAAACAAGCUUAAAUUUAAAGCAUACCCUCUAUUGUUCUUAGCUUGGAGCCCACUCCCAUCUCAACGAUCCUCGGCUAUCGCCACUCAACUACCCCCAAUAGUUGUCUUCCAAUACCGCAACCAUGGGUCUCGCGGGCAUCCUCAAGAAGGUCAUUCGCAAUGAUGCGAUGAAAACUGACCCCGAGGAGAUUUACAACUGGCGUGUCUUCGCCAUUGUCGCCGGCUCAUGCUUCGGCGGUAUGUUGUUCGGUUGGGAUACUGGAGCUAUCGGCGGUGUCCUCGCCAUGAAGGCCACACAGGAGCGAUUCAACUAUACUCCUGAGGCCAAGGUUACACUUGACCAGAACAUUGUCUCUACUCUCCAGGCUGGUUGUUUCGCUGCUUGUUUUUUCACUUCGUACUUUACUGAGAAGUAUGGUCGACGAUGGUGUCUCGUUGGAACCGGUAUUGUCACCACUAUCGGUGUUAUUCUUCAGGCUGCCUCCACUGCUAAUGGUUCUCUUCCCCUCAUGUACGUUGGUCGCUUUGUUGGUGGUCUGGGUGUCGGAGCUGCUUCGUCCUUGGUACCCCUUUACGUGUCUGAAUGUGCACCUCGAGCUAUCCGUGGUGGUUUGACCUCUUUCUAUCAGCUAUUUAUCGUUACUGGUGUCAUGCUUUCGUUCUGGGUCAACUAUGGCGCUCUCCUCCAUCUCAAGGCUCCCACGGUCUACGCCCUGCCCCUAGCUCUCCAGGCUCUUCCCGCCGUCCUCCUGAUCACUUGCAUGCUGCUGGCCCCUGAAAGCCCUCGAUGGUGUGCACGCAAGGAUGACUGGGAACGUGCCAAGUCUAUUCUCAUCGACCUUCGCAUGCUUCCCGAGGACCACGAGUAUGUCCAGGCUGAGAUUCAGGAGAUGUCUGCUCAACUCGAAGCUGAGAAGCGAUUGACCGGCGACGCCUCUGCCUCAACUCUCUGGAAGGAACUCGUCACCAUUCCCGGAAACCGAAAGCGAGCCAUCAUCUCUGUUCUCCUCAUGAUCUGCCAACAAAUGACAGGUGUUAAUGCUGUCAACUACUACGCUCCUCAGAUCUUCCAAUCUCUCGGUAUGACUGGUACAACCGUCUCACUCUUUGCCACUGGUGUCUACGGUAUCGUCAAGGUCUUGGGUUGUGCUGCUUUCCUCAUCUUCUGUGCCGACUCUCUCGGUCGACGACGCAGUCUUCUGUGGACCAGUGCUGCCCAGGCUCUUACCAUGUACAUCAUCGGUAUCUACGGUCGCGUCGAGCCUCCUGUUGCUGGUCAAGGCAUCUCUGCUUUUGGAUACGUUGCUAUUGUGUGCAUUUACCUCUGGGCUGCUCUCUUCCAGUUCGGUUGGGGACCUUGCUGCUGGAUUCUCGUCUCUGAGAUUCCCACUGCCCGUCUUCGAGCUCUGAAUGUCGCCAUCGGUGCCGCUACUCAGUGGCUGUUCAACUUCAUCAUUGCCCGAACGGUGCUGACCAUGCAAAAGACCAUGGGACCUGCCGGCUACGGUAUGUUCUUCAUGUUCGGCAGUUUCGAUCUUCUCAUGGGUAUCUUUGUCUGGUUCUUCGUUCCCGAGACCAAGGGUCUCAGUUUGGAGCAGAUGGACGAGCUCUUUGGUGUUGGCGACCUUCACAGCAAGCUCGAUGCCGAGGGUCCUGAAGGCGCCCGCACGCCCAGCAUCCGGGAGGAAGUUGCCGACAUCAAGAACACCAAGCACUAAAUGCCAAGGUUUAAUGAAUCGGUGGACAAAGGAGAUGUGAUCAGGGGGUGAAAUCUAAUUCAAGAUCAAGUUUGAUGAGUUUGGCUGUUCUUUAGGAGUAAAGCAUGAGGAUGAUAUAUCUAGCAGUCUGCGGGCACAUGUACCGAGUUGCAGCGACACCUGAAUGAGUUAUCACGAUCAGAAGGAUAUUGCAAGCUUUCUGUGCCUGGUUCAAAAGAAACUUCCGGUUAAAUGCAACAAUCUUACCAAGCUAACUACGGCACGCACAUAUUGACUUUCUAAAUUAUCCGGAGAGUGUCC